GCGGUUCUGAAUUCGAAAGUCCUCCCUCCGAAGACGACGUUAGAAAAAUGGAUUCCGUUGAUGCUCUGUUUUCUUAAUUUUUUUUCACGUAUUUCGCAGUAGAGAAAGAAGCGAAGUUAAAAUUCAUCGUAAAAUAUAUAUCCUGAUCUUGAACCAUGGUGAGAGAGAGAGUCCAGAAGAAGUCCUUCCAACAAAGUUUGGAGGACAUCAAGGAGAGGAUGAAGGAGAAGAGGAACAAACAGUUGGCUAAUGCUGUAGCUCCAAACAGGGGACGGUCAAGAAUGAUGAACAAAACCACAGCAUCCAGUUCUACACACACCAUCCUUAAAGGUGUGCAGCAGAAUAACAAGGCGCUAGCUGUGGCCCUGCAAGCCGAGAAGGAGAAAGUGAGGCAGGCCAACGCGGUGAUCCUGCAGCUGAAGCGUGAGCAGCAAGCCCUCUUCCUUCACCUGCUUCUGCUCAAGAGGAAGCGCAAGGAGCAGGAGGCGCUGGCAGCAAGUGCUUCACAGGCUAAACCAACAGGGAUCCAACAGGAAAACCCAAACCAUCAGAAUUCAGAGAGGAGGAAGCGCAGCAGUCAGCAGCUUGAUCAGCUCACGUUGUGUGAUGCUUCACCAAUUUGUCCUGACUCCCCUCCUUCUAAAAAGAACGGACACGUUAACUGUGACAAAGAGGUUGCUCUGCCAUCCACGGUGGGUGUGAGGCGUCGGCACGGCGACAGAAGAAGCAGGAGGCGCUCUGAACGUGUGCAAGAACAGCGCCGGUUGAGCAAUGCAGACCCAGUUGCUGAUCUUAGGGUCGUAUUACCGAGCCCUAUUCACGGCGAGAGUUCAGGCCUGAAUCAGAACCACCAGGGAGCAGAACCAGAGGCAGCGGAUGUCAGCGACACAGAGGAGUUGCAUCACUCUACACCUGAGCCAGUCCUUCCCAAAAAAACACACCUGCAGCCUGGCAGGAAACAAACCCAGCAGCAGCAGCCUCGCUCCAAACCCGAACCAGCUCCACGGAAACCCGACAGAAGCCGCAAACCCGAUCGCGUCCCGCUUAAGAAGCCCUGGGAGAAUCCCAAACCCAGAGCCCGCUCCAAGAGCCGGGACCGCGCGGCCACACGGGGGAAAGCAGCUCCUCCACCUCAGACCAACAAGCUCAACACGUCGCUGGGAUUCAACGACACGUUUGACUUUGACUGCGAGGAAACCGUCCACAUCACGCCGUUCAAGGCGAAAGCCGAGGAGAAUCAGCCGGCGACACCCAUUAGCGAGGAGACGCAAGCCGAAGACUCGGCGGCUGUUCCCAAACAGAGCGAAACCAGCUCAUCGUCGCCGUCCUCAGAGUCGGAAGACAGCCUGUACGUCCCUCAAAAGACAAGACGGAGACAGUCCUCUCCCGCUAAAACCAAAGUCAUCGCCACACGCGGAGGCCGACGCUCGCAGAUUGUCAGGAAAAAGGAAAACAUCCCUCCCACCCCAAAGAUCUUUGUCUUCAGGGAUGAAGAGUCGAAGUUGGAGGUGGCACAUUCUGGAAAGGGUGAAGAGAGUCACCAGAAACUUCAGAGGGACAGAACGGAGGACGGUUUCCCUGCUGUCAGCCCUCUGAUCGAGGCCGAGAUGAUGAGAAUAGAUACCGUCCUAUCCAAUUUUGGAGAACCGUCUUCUGAAAAUUCUUCUCGUUUAUCGAGCCAAACGCCAAGGCUCAAAACAUGCCAGAAACGUGGGGUUGGUGUAAGGUCAGCAGGGCGGGGCUUGAGUCUGUGUGACGUGACCAAUAUGUCCCCUGCAGCCUACCGCAAUUUCUCCGGUGGCGGCCCACGCCGCUCCGACGCUCCCGCUCGGAAACGCCGCUGCACCAUGACCGUCGACUACAAGGAGCCUUCGUUAAAUGCAAAACUUCGGCGUGGAGAUAAGUUUACAGACCUGCAGUUUCUUCGCUCUCCCAUUUUCAAGCAGAAGUCUGGCAGGAGGUCUGUGCAGAAAUCCAGGAAGUCUUGCAGCCAGCAGCCGUUUGAGAAGUACAAUGAGUCUUUUGUUGGAUGUCACUGAAGCCUUUUUUUAUAUUAUAUAUAUAUAUGUGUUCCCAUAGAGGAUUUUUUUUUUUUUUUGCGAUAGUGUAACCGUAAUCAGUUUUUCUUGUUUUAAAUUCCUUUUUUCUUUUUUUCUCCAUGGAGAUGUAGAUGAUAUUCUCCCAAAAUGGUUGAAUUACAAUAUUUUUUAAUUCUAUGAUCUUGCAACAUUUGUGUAUUGUUAAUUCUCCAUUGUACUGUAUGUGACAAACUUUUAAAACCUAAUUUUGCCACUCAAAUGGUUUGAUUGGUGAAACUUUUCACAACAAAUGCACAAAACACCAAAUUAGCCUCACAUCUGUUUUUAUUUAGUCUACAAAAUAGGCUAAUUCUAGGUCAAUAAAACCAAUGGUACAAAGAGCAUGAAAUAUAUUUUUUUUACAGACAUAUUAAAAAAGGUUAUUUUUCCCAAAGUUUGGAAAGUACAAACACCUUUUUACAAAACAGCAAAACUACAUCGUAUUGCACAAUCUUUUCAUUUGUCUCCAAAGUAUAAAGUUAUCAAUCUCCGUCUGCAGGACAAAAAUAAGAUAAUAAAUUAAGACCUUGUCUUAAACAUAAUUCUUCUGAAUUAAAGCACAUAAAUAAGAAUAAACUCUAGAUAAUUAAAGUAGUUCUGAGUUGACAGUGUAAUCCAUAAGUAGAAGAAAUGAAAAUGGGCGAGAAUUCCUGUUAAUACUUGGAGGGGGAGGAAAGUGCAUUUUGAUAGUCGAACUGCCCUUUUGUGGGUUNGGGGGGAAAUGUACUUUAGGUAUAGAUAUUUAAAAUAUACAUUGCGCAUAAGUGCUUCAAAAUGAUUAAAAUAUGUACAAAAUUUAAAGGUAAUAUUCCUCUUUUGGCAGGAUGAACUCGUCACUGACAAACUUGAACCUUAGUGCUGUACAUGCUCAUAGCUGCCAUUAGACAGGGAAGCUCCAGCUUGUUUUUGCUCACAGGAAACACUUUUCUUAAAGACUUCGAUCCAUCAAACAUUUGGCUCCUUCACAUGACAACCUGAGUCAACUGGGAGGAGAAAGGUAGACACCAAGAGGCUGUGUAAACAGAGAAGAUAGUUAGAUCCGUUAAAAAAAAAAAAAAACUCAGCUGUCAACGUUUAAUCAUUUUCAAAAACAAAUGACGGAAGCUUUCUCAGUUUUUGGGGAUGCACAGAAAAAGAAA